CCCCAGGAGGAGGAAGGGGCGGUGGAAGCCGAGGAGGUGGCCCUGCGUGCUCCGGGGGCUCCAGGGUCCCUGUGUGGAGAGGGAGAAGGGACCUGGGCCUGGGAGGAGCGCUCUGGAAUGCAGCCCCGUCCCCUGCUGCUGUGGCCGCUGCUGCUCCCAAGUGUCCUGACCAGAGAGCUGCUGUGUGGAGAUUCCCCAGAACCCUGCGCCAACGGAGGCACCUGCCUGCAGCUGUCUCAGGGACAGGGGGCCUGCGAGUGCGCCCCAGGCUUUCUGGGUGACACGUGCCAGGUUCCUGACCCCUGCUGGAACACACAGCCCUGUCAGAAUGGAGGCAGCUGCCAAGCCGCGCUUCCCGCACUCCCAGGCUCCCCUGGCCCCUCUUCUCCACUGGCUCCCAGCUUCCUCUGCACGUGCCCAGCUGGCUUCACUGGUGACAGGUGCCAGACCCAACUAGAAGACCACUGCCCUCCUUUCUUCUGUUCCAAAAGGGGCCGCUGCCACCUCCAGGCAUCUGGCCUCCCACGGUGCUCCUGCAUGCCUGGGUGGACAGGCGGCCAGUGCCAGCUCCGGGACUUCUGCUCAGCCAACCCCUGCGCCAACGGUGGCCUAUGCCUGACUACGUACCCCCAGAUUCAGUGCCGCUGCCCACCUGGCUUCGAGGGUCACACCUGUGAACACGAUGUGAACGAGUGCUUCAAGGACCCAGGGCCCUGCCCAGAAGGCACUUCCUGUCAUAACACCCUGGGGUCAUACCAGUGUCUCUGCCCUGUGGGGCAGGAGGGUCCACGCUGCCAGCUACGGAGGGGACUCUGUCCCCCUGAGAGCUGUUUAAAUGGGGGCACCUGCCAGCUGGUGCCAGAAGGAGACACCACCUUCCACCUCUGCCUGUGCCCCACAGGUUUCACAGGCCUGGACUGCGAGGUGAACCCAGAUGACUGUGUGGGGCACCAGUGCCAGAACGGGGCCACAUGUCAAGAUGGACUGGCCACCUACACCUGCCUCUGCCCGACAGCCUGGACAGGCUGGGAUUGCUCUGAAGAUGUGAACGAAUGUGAGGUUCAGGGCCCUCCUCGCUGCAGAAAUGGGGGUACCUGCCAGAACUCGGCUGGUGGCUUCCACUGCGUGUGUGUGAGCGGCUGGGGGGGUACGGGCUGUGAAGAGAACUUGGACGACUGCGCGGCCGCCACCUGUGCCCCGGGAUCUACCUGCAUUGACCGUGUGGGCUCCUUUACCUGCCUCUGCCCACCUGGACGCACAGGCCUCCUGUGCCACCUGGAAGACAUGUGCCUGAGCCAGCCAUGCCAUGGGGAUGCCCAGUGCAGCACCAACCCACUAACGGGUUCUACACUGUGCCUGUGCCAGCCAGGCUACUCAGGACCCACCUGCCAUGAGGACUUGGACGAGUGUCAGAUGGCCCAGCAAGGCCCCAGUCCCUGUGAACACGGCGGCUCCUGCCUCAACACCCCUGGUUCCUUCCACUGCCUCUGCCCUCCUGGCUACACGGGCUCUCGCUGCGAGGCCGAUCACAAUGAGUGCCUGUCCCAGCCCUGCCACCCGGGCAGCACCUGCCUGGAUCUACUUGCAGCCUUCCACUGCCUGUGCCCACCAGGCUUAGAAGGGCGGCUCUGCGAGGUGGAGACCAACGAGUGCGCCUCCAGCCCUUGCUUGAACCAAGCUGGCUGCCACGACCUGCUCAAUGGCUUCCUGUGUGUGUGCCUGCCUGGAUUCGCUGGCACCCACUGUGAGGAAGAUGUGGAUGAGUGCAGGAGUUCCCCCUGCGCCAAUGGAGGGCACUGCUUGGACCAGCCCGGAGCCUUCCACUGCGAGUGUCUGCCAGGCUUUGAAGGACCACGCUGUGAAACGGAGGUGGACAACUGUCUGAGUGGUCCCUGUCCCACUGGAGCCAGCUGUCUUGAUCUCCCAGGAGCCUUCUUUUGCCUCUGCCCCACUGGCUUCACAGGCCAGCUCUGUGACGUUCCGUUGUGUGCCCCCAACCUGUGCCAUCCUAAGCAGAAAUGCCAAGAUCAGGAAAGCAAAGCCCGCUGCCUCUGCCCUGAUGGGAGCCCUGGCUGUGCCUCCACUGAGGACAAUUGCACCUGCCACCAUGGGCAUUGCCAGAGAUCCUCAUGUGUGUGUGAUGUGGGUUGGACAGGGCCAGAAUGUGAGGCAGAGCUGGGGGGCUGCAUCUCCACACCAUGUGCCCAUGGAGGGACCUGCCACCCCCAGCCCUAUGGCUACAACUGUACCUGCCCCACAGGCUACACAGGACUCACCUGUAGUGAGAAGGUGACAGCUUGUCAUUCAGGUCCAUGUCUCAAUGGUGGCUCCUGCAACACCAGCCCCGGGGGCUACUCCUGCACCUGCCCUCCAAGCCACACAGGGCCCCGCUGCCAAACUGUCACUGACCACUGUGUGUCUGCCCCGUGCCUCAACGGGGCUACCUGUGUGACCAGGCCGGGCACUUCCUCCUGCCUCUGUGCCCCCGGCUUCCAGGGCCCUCGCUGUGAGGGGAAGAUCCGCCUCCCUUGUGCAGACAGUCCCUGUAGGAAUGGGGCGACCUGCCAGGAUGGCCCUCAGGGUCCCACCUGCCUCUGCCCCACUGGCUACACAGGAGUCCACUGCCAGACUCUGAUGGACUUGUGUGCCCGAAAGCCCUGUCCACACAAUGCCCAGUGCCUCCAGAAUGGGCCCUCCUUCCAGUGCCUGUGCCUCCAGGGAUGGACGGGGCCUCUCUGCAACCUCCCGCUGUCCUCCUGCCAGAGGGCUGCACAGAGCCAAGGCAUAGAGAUCUCUGCCCUGUGCCAGAAUGGAGGUCUCUGCGUGGACAGGGGCUCCUCCUACUUCUGUCACUGCACCCCUGGAUUCCAAGGCAAGUUAUGCCAGGAUAAAGUGAACCCCUGUGAAUCCAGACCUUGCCAGCAUGGGGCCACCUGCGUGGUCCAGCCCAGUGGGUAUCUCUGCCAGUGCGCCCCAGGCUACGACGGACAGAACUGCUCAAAAGAACUCGAUGCUUGUCUGUCCCAACCUUGUCACAACCAUGGAACCUGUACCCCAAAACCUGGAGGCUUCCACUGUGCCUGCCCUCCGGGCUUCGUGGGGCUACGCUGUGAGGGGGAUGUGGACGAGUGUCUGGACCGGCCCUGCCACCCCACAGGCACUGCGGCCUGCCACUCUCUCGCCAACGCCUUCUACUGCCAGUGUCUGCCUGGACACACAGGCCAGCGGUGUGAGGUGGAGAUAGACCCUUGCCAGAGUCAGCCUUGCUCCCAUGGAGGGUCCUGUGAGGCCACAGCAGGACCACCACCUGGUUUCACCUGCCACUGCCUCAUGGGUUUUGAAGGACCUACCUGCAGCCACAGAGCUCCUUCCUGCGGCCGCCAUCACUGCCACCACGGAGGCCUGUGUCUGCCCUCCCCUCGGGCGGGCUUCCCUCCCCGCUGUGCCUGCCUCCGUGGCUUUGAGGACCCUGACUGCCUGACCCCCCCAGCUCAGAAAGGUUGCGGUCCACCCUCCCCCUGUCUACACAAUGGCAGCUGUUCAGAGACCCCUGGGUCGGGCAGCCCAGGCUUCCGAUGCUCCUGCCCUCCCGACUUUCUGGGGCCCCGGUGCCAAGGGCCAAGAGCCCAGGGCUGUGAAGGCCGAGGUGGUGACGGGGCCUGCGACGCUGGCUGCAGUGGGCCAGGGGGACGUUGGGAUGGGGGGGACUGCUCCCUGGGGGUCCCAGACCCUUGGAAGGGCUGUCCCUCCCACUCUCAGUGCUGGCUUCUCUUCCGGGAUGGGCAGUGCCACCCACAAUGCAACUCUGAAGAGUGUCUCUUUGAUGGCUACGACUGUGAGACACCCCCAGCCUGCACCCCUGCCUAUGACCAGUACUGCCAGGACCACUUCCACAACGGGCACUGUGAGAAAGGCUGCAACAGCCCCGAAUGCGGCUGGGACGGGGGUGACUGCAGGCCCCAGGACAGAGACCCGGAGUGGGGGCCCUCCCUCGCCUUGCUGGUGGUCCUGAACCCCCAGGCCCUGGAGCAGCAGCUGCUUACGCUGGCCCGAGUGCUAUCCCUGACUCUGCGAGUCGGGCUCUGGGUGCGGAAGGAGGGCGGUGGCAGCAGCAUGGUGUUCUCCUACCCGGGGGCCCGGGCCGAAGAGGAGCUCGGAGGAACUCGGGACCCUUCUCGUCAGGAGACGGCAGCCUCUCACACCCAGCCCCUGGGCAAGGAGACAGACUCCCUUGGUGCUGGGUUUGUGGUGGUGAUGGGUGUGGAUCUAUCCCGCUGUGGCCCUGACCACCCAGCGCCCCGCUGUCCCUGGGACUCGGGGUUCCUGCUCCGCUUUCUUGCCGCGAUGGCUGCGGUGGGAGCCCUGGAGCCCCUGCUGCCGGGACCCCUGCUGGCUGCUCACCCUCAGGCAGGCUCUGGGCCUCCUGCCAACCAGCUUCCCUGGCCUAUACUGUGCUCCCCAGUGGCUGGGGUCCUUCUCCUGGGCCUCGGGGCUCUUCUUGUCCUCCAGCUCAUCCGGAGGCGUCGCCGAGAGCAUGGGGCACUAUGGCUGCCACCCGGUUUCACUCGAAAGCCUCAGACGCAGCAGGGUUCCCGCCGCCGCAGGCCCCCCCUGGGCCAGGACAGCAUCCGCCUCAAGGUGCUGAAGCCAGAGGCAGAAGUUGAUGAGGACGGCGUGAUGAUGUGCUCCGGCCCCGAGGAAGGCGAGGAGGUUGAAGACCUGGCCCCACCCUCCAAGUGCCAGCCCUGGCCGCUGAGUGGAAGCUGUGGAGAGCUCCCACAGGUUGCCAUGCUGACACCACCUCAGGAGUCCGAGAUGGAGGCUCCUGACGCGGACACCUGUGGACCUGAUGGGGUAACCCCCCUGAUGUCAGCAAUGUGCUGUGGGAAAGUGGAGCCCAAGACCAUCCAGGGACCGUGGCUGAGAAGUCCCCACCCCUGUGAACCACUACCGGAUGGAGAAGCCUACCCCCAGGCUAACACCAUGGGCACUGGAGAGACUCCCCUGCACCUGGCUGCUCGAUUCUCCAGGCCAACUGCUGCCUACCGCCUCCUUGAGGCUGGAGCCAACCCCAACCAGCCAGAUCGGGCAGGGCGCACUCCACUUCACGCUGCUGUGGCUGCUGAUGCGCGGGAGGUCUGCCAGCUGCUGCUGGCCAGCAGACAGACUGCCGUGGACGCACGCACUGAAGACGGGACCACACCGUUGAUGCUGGCUGCCAGGCUGGCAGUGGAGGACCUGGUCGAAGAACUGAUUGCGGCCCGAGCAGACGUGGGCGCCAGAGAUAAAAGGGGAAAGACCGCCUUGCACUGGGCCGCUGCCGUGAACAACGCCCGGGCCGCCCGCUCCCUUCUCCAGGCUGGAGCCGACAAAGACGCCCAGGACGGCAGGGAGCAGACACCCCUGUUCCUGGCGGCCCGCGAGGGCGCCGUGGAGGUGGCCCAGCUGCUGAUAGGCCUGGGGGCGGCCCGAGGCUUGCGGGACCAGGCCGGACUGGCCCCCGGCGACGUCGCCCGCCAGCGCAACCACUGGGACCUGCUGACGCUCCUGGAAGGCACGGCGCCGUGCGAGGCGCGGCACAAAGCGCAGCCGGGCCGCCGGGCCGGGGCCCUUCCGCGCACGCGCGCCGCGUCGGGGGGCGGGGCCACGCCGCGCGGCUGCGGGACGCCGUCGGCCGGGGCGCGCGCGCGGGGGGGCGGGGCCUGCGUGCACGCGCGGGCCCGGUCGCUGGACUUGGGCGCGCGGGGGGGCGGGGCCUACGCUCACGCCCGGGGCCCGUCUGCAGGCGCCGCGCCUCCGCCGUCCCGCGCCCGCAGGUUCUCCGCAGGCUCGCGCGGGCCUCGGCCCAGCCCGGCGAUGGCGCGCGGGAGAGCCGGGGCGGGAGCCGGGCGCGGGGGCAUGGCCGCGGAGGAUGACGGCGCCCGGGAUUGGGGAGCCUGCGUCCCGCCCCCUUGCCUGACCCCCUCCCCGGACCGCGUAUCUCCUCAGGUUGUUUGGGGUCUUCCCGUCCACCAAGAAAGAGCCGUAAACCCGGGCGGAGGAAGUCAGAGAUAGGGCGCUACGAGGGAGGCGGGGAGGAAGUCUAAAAGCCCAUGCAGAUAACAGGCAGUCUGGGAGGCUCCCCAGACUUUUAAGAUUAAGCCCCAUGAUGGCGUGGGGGGAGGAGGGUCUUGAGUAGUCUUUCUCCCAAAGUGCGUAGGACCACCAGAACCGUCCUGGUCUUCCACGUAGAACAGCCGCAGCACUGGGAAGAGGGCUUGGGCUGCUGGGAUGGGGCCGGCCCUGGCCUUUGCUAGAGAAUAAGGGAGGCUUCAGGACUAGGUGGAGUGCGAAGCACCCCUCACCUGGAGCUUUCAAGAACUAAGGGCAGCUAGGAUGUAAAAUGUUCUUUCUCCUAGAUGGCUCCCCAAGGGAGCCCGUAUCAUCCUUGGCCCACAAAUAGCUGACAAGUAUUUAUCGAGCGCCAACUAUGUGCCAAGGGCUGUGUAGCUGCUGAAAUGUGGCCCAGCUGACGGCCCUGGCCCUGCCUGUCCCCAGCAAGGAAACGGGUUCAGGGAUGAAACACCACCCUUUAGCCCACUGCCAUCUCUUAUUUAAGAACUGUCACCAGUAAUAAAGCUGAUCUGAAGUGUC